AUGCCUCGCAACGGAGACGGAUCAAGCGACAACGGCCCCUUCCCCGAGGCUGACCACAACAUUGGCCACGGCGUCACCAAUGAAGAUUCGAUGCAGAAGUCAAAAGACAAGGCCGCCCCCCUGCCCGAGGGCCUGCAGGAGCACGGCAAGGGCAUUCCCGGCAUGAACGCGAGCGGAGGACAGAGCCAGGGCAUCAAGGAGGGCCCCAACGUUGGCCAGGGCGGUCGCUCAAGCACAAACUAG